AUGUUUCUUUUCGUGGUUUUGGAGAGGCUUUCAUGUAGUGGCCUCUCAGAUGUAGUUCCAUGCAUAACAAAGGAGUUUGAAGAGAAAGUUGCAAACAAGGCUCUUCUAAAUCACGUGAUCAGCACACCGAUAGCAAAGACAGCAGAGAGUUGUGAAAUACAAUGUUUCAUUGAAGUCAAGUGUGAAUCAUACAACUUUGGACCAAAUGACAAUGGUGAUUACUUGUGCGAGCUGAGUGCCUCCGAUGGUGUUAGAGAUCCAGAUGACUUGAGGGCAAGACAAGACUUCCUUCACCGUGCAACAAAGAAUCCAUGUGCUACCGCUCAAUGUCCUCCAAACUCACGAUGUUAUUCAGAUUUUGAACACGAAACCUAUCUCUGCGUUUGCUCACCGGGAUUUACCGGAGACAAGUGUGAAUCAGAUUUGGACGAGUGCACAGACGGAAAGCAUGCCUGUCACGUGAACGCCAUAUGUAACAAUUCUGAAGGGUCAUACAGCUGCCUGUGCAAGGAUGGAUAUAAAGGCGAUGGGUUUCUAUGUGAAGGUGAAUAUUUAGCGAGUUUUGUUCCAGUUGGAAUAUAA